GCGCGAGCGGCCUUCGAGGAGGGCGAUGUGGACGGCUCAGGAGACGUCGGCCUCUCCGAGUUCGUGGCGAUGACGUUCGACUGGAAGGCAGUCGAGGUCGAGGCGCUCCACACGAGCCUGCUGAGCUUCCUGGAAGGCCUCGACGCGGACGGCAACGGCGUGGUCGACGUACGGGAGCUGAGCGCCACUUUCGAGGGCCUACUCGACCCGGGCGAGCUGGCGGAAGUGCUCGGCGCGAUCGACCAUAGCGGCGACGGGCGGGUGUCCCUGGAGGAGCUCGCCGCGUUCUUGCGGCGCUGA